CAUAUAUCUACCCUUCCCGCGAAUUCAGAGUCACAUUGGCGGCAACUCCCCACGUUCCCCCGGCGUCCCGCACUCGGCUAAACUUAGCUCGGUUCUUCGCGAUUCCUAUCGCCGCCAUUGGUGAAGGUACUUAAAAUGUUCAUCUUCUAAUUAACUCUAUUGUAGUUUUCUGAAAAUGAAGUUGCUAUCGUUUCCGCCUCCUCGAAAGCCGACCGUUUCUGUUGGGGUAGUAAAGAAAGCAGAGGCCUGAUGAUUUCUCAGUUGGGUCUUCUUCGCCAUAGGCGAAUUUCACUGGAUUCAUUUUUUAAUUCGAUUUCGAACACUGGUGGUGCUGGGAUUCUUGGCCGGGUGCUAACUGAUUAUAUAGUUUUUCACUUUAGGGCUUAGAUUGUGUAACCCUAGAAUUGCAGGCUUGUUUAGAUUCACACAAAUAGGGGUCUAAUGUAUGUCUGUGAAUGGAGCCUAUCCAAAUUACUGGGGAAUCUAGACAAUUUGUUUCUCUUGAGGUUACUUGUCUUUGAUUCUGUUUUGUAAGAUUCGUUUUCGGUUUCUAUCCCAGUAAAUUUGAUUGCAGCAUGCUAUCAAGUCUCUUGAUUUCUACCAUAUAUAUGGAGCCUGCCAGGAGAGAGUGGCCAUUCUCUGAUUAGACUUAGUGUACACUUGAAUCUCUAUGGCAUUACCCCUGUCUAUGAUUCUUAUAAUUUCAACUGUUGUGAUGAAAGGGAAGAAAAUAUGGAUAAGAAUUCGAGGAAGCCCAAGAGCCCCGAGCGAGCCAUGUAGUUAAAGAAGUUGCUGUACUGAGCGAUUUUCCGGAUGAAAUUCUCCAUCACAUUCUGUCCUACCUCGACACCAAGUCCACAGUUCGAACCAGCCUUCUGUCGAGGAGAUGGAGAUGUUUGUGGAAAGAUGUUGAGAUGCUCAACUUCCUCCCGAAAUCCUUCUGCAAAUUGGCAAGUUUCAGAAAACACGUUUACAGGCUCUUGUCUUUCCGCUCCCAUUGUACUCCUGUUCGCAAUGUUACCUUCGACCUAAGUGGGUGUACAUCACAAGAAACACGGGGGCAUGUUACGAAAACAAUUGAACAGGUCAUGAAAUAUGCUGCAUCUCAUGGUGGUGGUGGUCUUGACCAUUUGUCUAUCCUUGGUGAGGACGAGAAUUUGGACUUCAGUCACUUUGCUGAGAACAUCACCGCUGGUAAUCAUGAUGCAUCUCUCAAGACUUUGAAUUUGGAGGACUGCACACUCUGUUGUGUCCAACUUGAUGACGCGGGCUUCAAAUCCUGUACAGCUCUGGGCUUCAAAUUGCUUACAACUCUGGAACUACGUGAAUGUGCUCUGUUACCUUAUUGUCCAGAGUCGCCCUUUGAUUUGAUUGGUGAUCUUCCUUGUUUGAAGUACCUGAAGUUACUCCACUGCUAUGUGUCGCAUCCUGACUGUUGGUUACUGAUAUCAGGACCUCAACUGCUUGAUCUUGAAAUUGAGUUUACAAAUCACUACCGCUUUUAUGAACUGAUUGCUCCAAAGCUCAAAUCUUUACGUCUGUGGGGUGAAUACAUUGAUGAAUAUCUACCCAAGUUGAAUCUCCCUUGCCUGGAUCAUGCAAAUAUCCGCCUCAAGUGGGAACCACAUUGUUGGGAUGAUGAUGCUAUAGCUUUGGAAGAGCAGAGUUCUGCAUUUGUGAAUUACUUGUGCGGUCUGAGUAAUGUGGAAUCUCUCAAGCUAUGUUUGGACAAGGAACAGAGAAGUCACGAGGAUGGGAAAGAGCACCACUUUCCUCUUAACAGAAUUAAGGCGUUAAUCGAGCAUGAAGCCCCUCCCUUUACUAGAUUGAAGACCUUGAGGAUACAAUGUGCAAACCAACGACGCCCGCCAAAUGUACCGUAUGAAGUAAUUCGGUAUUUUCUCGAAGGCUCUCCUAAUACGGAAGAAAAGUUUGUUAAGUUCGAGAUGCUUGCUGAUCAGAAAGCGCAAUAGUGGUUAUAUACUGUCAAAUGGUGUACCCUAGUUGUAUAUAUGGUGCUUUCCAAAGUAGUUUUCUGAUGAACUAAAUACCAAUGACGAUUUAGCAGCAGUACCCAAAUUAGUAGUUUCCUCCUUUUGCCGGGGCGAAGAAGAUGCACAGCUUACUUUGAGCUGUCAGUCUGGUUUAUUAUUUCUACUUGCUAGUCUCUUUUGCCGUUCCUUUGCAGAUGUAUGUAUGAACUACCAUCUUUUGUUUGAACGACGUGAAGGGUUAUCUUGAAAAUCUUAGGCAUGAAAAUAGCAGUUUAAGGUAUAAUGGAGGUAUGCUAACAAGACUGCAAAAUUAGUAGAUAAACACACACAAACAAUAGAUAAAAACACACAACCCGUGAUAAAACAUUCAUCAGUUUAUUGUCUAUUCGUUACAAUCUGGUAUGAUAAGCACACAAACCGUUUAUGGUCACAAUUGCAGGCUCACAAGCAAUGUAGGGUGGUUUAAAGUUGGAUGACUAUUUUGUUUAAGAAUUAAGAGUAAACAAUUUU